AUGACCUGUGAGGCAUACAUAUCCCCAAACGUAGAAUGGUCCCUCGAGCCGUCAACGUGGUUUGGGCAGACGCUUCUAACGGGAACUGUCUGGUUUAUUCUCACGCAAAUUUUCACAAAACAAGUUGCCUGGUCCCUCACGAUUUGGCUGUAUAAUAUAGUCACUUUCGUCUUCUUCCAUGCCAUUCUAGGAGAUCCCUUCAACCCUGACUUUUCAGGUCUUACUUUCUGGGAGCAACUAAUGAUCCAGCUAAAGGGCUCUUCUGGGAUGAGCUUUUUCACGCUUUUUCCCAUUAUGCUCUUCCUCUGCGCUGCUCGCUUGGCGAAGUUCAACAAUGCCUUGUUCGUUGUGAACUUCCUCUCCCUGGUUUUUGUCGUGCUUCCGAAGGUCCUUGUGUACGUGAUGUACUACAGGAAGGCCAAGUCCGAGGGGCAGAGAAGGAUUCGCAGGAAGUCUAGCAAAAAAACGGCGGAAGAACCUGAGAAUGUCCGAAAAAGGAAAUAA